GAGGAUUACUACCAUAAUAGUAAGAAUACAAGAACACUUAGUAGCAACAGAACCAUGGCCUGCAAGUCCUCAUCGAACUAUGGUUGCAUCAGAAAGCCAUUGCUCAGUAUCCCAAUUCAGAAUGUCAGAAUCGACGAACUUCAUUUGCUUCUCAGGAUAACUGAUAUUUUAGAACGUAACAUAAUAAACGAUGCAAUUGAGCGUGAUGUUGAAGAGAACCUUAAUAGAGCACCAUCAGACAGGGAAAAUAAACACCUACAAAAUGUUGUUGAAGCCAUCAAUAACUGUGGUGUAAGCUUUAGUGUAUGGAAAAAGAAGAACGCCGAUGGGACUGACAGUGGAAUGCAUGACUGGACAAGCAUGGUUGGCAAUGAGAAGAAAAAAGUUCUUGCAAAGCUGCCUGCACAGUUCCCAAACAUUCUCGAACCAAACCAUUGUGAUACAAUUACAGAAAUAUGGCAGGAAUUUCGUGAACUAUAUGGAAUACUAUCAUCAUGGAAGCCUUCUGAGGCAGAUAUAGAUGGAUUUUUUGGGAAGGCCAAGAACUGGGUAGAGCUAUUCCUGUCUCUUGGUGGAAAAGUGAUGGGCUAUGAAAAGGCUAGAAUAACACCAUAUAUACACAUAUUGCUUUAUCAUGUACCCAGAUUCAUCAAAGAUGAAAAAUCUUUGAAAUCAUUUACUGGGCAAGGAAUUGAAAAGAUUAAUGAUGUGGUUCGGGCAAUUUAUCAUAACAAAAGCAACCGGCAUGAUGCUUGCAAAGAGGCAAUACUGGCGCUUCGAAGAAUUGAUAAUCUUCAGAAUUUUGAACGAAUCCCACACCAAUACAAGAAACAAGACAAUACCUAUUGGUCAAAUGAAAUAUUUCAGCAGAGAAGAAAAAACCGCGUCUUUGUGUAG